UGAAUAAUGCAGAUAGAGCCUAGCUUAAAGGCAAGCAACAAAACUACCCAUGAAGUGGAUUCUCCGACUAAAACUCUUCAGGGUUGGCAUGCAAAAGGAAAAUGUCCAGAAGGGACAGUCCCAAUACGAAGAGUUAGAAAGGUGGAUAUCCUGAGGGGAGCCUCAGUCGAAAGCUUCGGAAAGAAACAUCCAUCAUUCCAUAUUUCGCGGGAAAAUGAAGAACCUGCAGAUACUGUAUCUAAUGGGCAUGAGCACUCUGUAGUUGUGCAGAGUGGUGAUCGAUAUUACGGAGCGAAUGCUGACAUAAACUUGUGGAGUCCUCGUGUCAGACCCAAUGAUUUCAGUCUUUCGCAGAUAUGGAUUAUAUCAGACGAGAGCAUUCAGAACACAGCUGAAGUAGGAAUCAUGGUAUAUCCAAAGCUUUAUGGAGACUAUGAGAGUAGACUCUUUGUAUACUGGACGGCGGAUGAUUACAAGAGCACAGGUUGCUACAAUUUGAUCUGUUCAGGUUUUGUUCAAGUCAGCAACUCUAUCGCCUUAGGUACCGCAUUUUCCCCACCAUCUACUUAUGAAGGGGUUCAGUACAGCAUCACUAUCUUCAUUAUCAAGAGUUCUUCUACAGAAUUGAUUGAUUGUGUUGAUAUCUACAAGCAACCGGCAUUCGACCAUCCAUUACUUCUGAAUCACACACUGCAGGUUUAUCUAAUUCUUUUUGGACUUCCGUAA